AUGCUCAACUGGUACAAAGCCAAGCUAGCCGCCCGCCCCCUCCUCACCCAAGCAGUAACAACCUCCAUCCUCUUCGGCAUCGGCGACAUAACCGCGCAACAACUCGUCGACCGCCGGGGGCUAUCCAACCACGACCUGACGCGCACGGGCCGCAUGGUCCUCUACGGCGGCGCCGUCUUCGGCCCCGCCGCCACGACUUGGUUCCGCUUCUUACAAAAACGGGUCGUGGUCCCCGGUUCGCCGAACAAGACCAUUCUUGCAAGGGUUGCCUGCGACCAAGGGUUGUUUGCGCCGACGUUUAUUGGCAUCUUUUUGGGGAGCAUGGCGGUUAUGGAAGGGACACCUGUUAAAGAAAAACUGGAAAAGAAUUAUUGGGAGGCGCUGAGCACGAAUUGGAUGGUUUGGCCGUUUGUGCAGUUGGUUAACUUCAAGGUGGUGCCGUUGGAUCAUCGGGUGUUGUUUGUUAAUGUGAUUAGUAUUGGGUGGAAUUGUUAUUUGAGUUGGUUGAAUGGGCAGUGA